AUGACAAAGAAAGGUAAAGUGAACAAGUUAGCGCGCAUGUCGGACGAGGAACGAGCACGGUAUUUACAACAUCGCGCCGAUAUUGAAGAAGAAGCUCGAAGAAGAAAACAAGAACUUAUAUCCAAGUUUAUCAAGAACAAACUCGACAAAGAGGAAGCCUACAGUCGUUUGAACACAUCGAAGAUAAAUCAAGAAUGGAGAUUCAUAUUACGCAAAAUAAAAUGCAAACAAAUGACUUUGGAUAUUCAGAAUAUGUUGACCAGCUUUAACUUCCUCGUGGAGCGCAAGGAUCGCCUGAUUGCAUCACUGGUUCGAGCCACAAAUGACGCAGACGAACAACACCGACGCGCUUUUCAGGCGCACACCGAAAAUAUCAGCUAUUUUCUAAGAUACCAGCGCUUAGAUAAACUACAAACGGAAUUCGAUCUGCAGAAGAACACUCUAUUCGAAAUAUGGGACAAAGAAGAAAUGAAUCUGACAGAUGACCAAGAGAGAGCUGAGUUUAAACUGAAACUAAUCACCUACAUACAGGACAGAGACUUCAAAAAGUACAAUAAGGAAAAAGAACUACAAAGAGCUACUGGAAAGAAUGAUGCGCGAUUAGAGGUGAGUAGUCUUCCAAAUAAUCAGUGGGAUCUAUUUACCCUGGGAUCAAGAGGAUACGCGACCCGCAGCAUCGGGUAG